GAGUAAUUCCUCAGACACUUCCAUAAUACUUUAAACAUAAACUACUCCCACGCUUCAUCUAAACAAAGCUUCUUCUAAUCCAUUUAUUUAAUAUCUCACAAUCAUUAUGGCGAAGCAAAAGGUAGUGAUCAAUGUGACGAUGAAGAACCAAAAAGCAAGGUCCAGUGCCAUGAAGAUUGCAGUUGGAGUUCGAGAAGUGGAAAGUGCAGCUAUAAAAGGAGAUAGCAAGGAUCAAAUAGAGGUAACUGGAGAAGGGAUAGAUUCAGUUAAACUCACAAGGCUUCUAAGAAAGAAAUUUGGCUAUGCAAAUUUGGUUAGUGUUGGUGAUGUGGAAAAAAAAGAGGAAAAGAAAGAAGAGGCAAUUGUGGUAUGGCCUAAUAGUGUUCCUGUUCCUCAUUGUAAUUGUUCCUUCGUAAGAUAUUAUGAGGAUCCUUAUAAUUGUUCCAUCAUGUGAAUGUCAUCAACAGGUUUCAAAAGAAGAAUUCAAUAAAUUAUUAUUAUAAAAUCAAUAAAACAAGCAUAAAGCAUA